GCCCACCAGCCCUUCGAGGCGCGGGAGAAGAGGCUGAUGGCUAAGGGUGCUGAGAUGGAAACCUCUGGACCUCUGCUCUGCCCGCGAGAGUACGAUUCAGAGUCCCUGUUCAGUGUGUUCAGAACCCUUGUAUGACCCCGAGGCGCCGCUCUUACCUCACCUGUGUAUUUAAACUGGCCAAAGGCAACUUCAUACCUAUAUAAUGUAACAGAAAAGGUCAGGAAACAUUAACCAACAGAAGCGUGGAGCAUAUUAAGCAAGAUGAACCUCUCAGGAAGCAGUUGUGGAAGUCCUAGUUCUGCAGAUGUAUCUAAUGAUUUCAAGGAUCUUUGGACAAAACUGAAGGAGUAUCAUGAUAAGGAAGUACAAGGUUUACAAGUGAAAGUAACCAAACUGAAAAAGGAACGAAUUUUAGACGCACAAAGACUAGAAGAAUUCUUCACCAAAAAUCAACAGCUGAGAGAGCAACAGAAAGUCCUUCAUGAAACCAUUAAGGUGUUAGAAGAUCGAUUAAGAGCAGGAUUGUGUGAUCGCUGUGCAGUAACUGAAGAACAUAUGCGGAAGAAGCAACAAGAGUUUGAAAAUAUUCGGCAGCAGAAUCUUAAACUUAUCACAGAGCAGAAUGAUCAGCCACAUAAAGCAACUGAUCUUGAAUCCGAGGAAGAUGUUAUUCCAGAUUCACCAAUAACAACCUUUUCAUUUUCUGGCACUAAUCGGCUGCGAAGAAAGGAGAACCUCCGCGUCCCAUAUGUAGAGCAAACACAUGCUAAACUGGAGCACUCUGGCUGUGCACAUGAAUUGAGAAAAGGACCAAAGUCUUCAGCUCAUCCACAACAUAAGCCUAAGGAAAGUGAAAUUCUAGUGGCUGACACUUGUGAUCAGAGUCAAGCUCCAGUGGCUAAACCACAUGGAAAAAGCAGUUAUCCUCCUGAUAGUUUAGCUACAGUGGUUGCUGAAACACUUGGACAUUGUGUUCAAGAAGAAUCUGAAUCUCAAGGCCCUCGGAGCCCUCUUGUGGAAGGAGAUCACAAAAAACAAGGUUUUGAGGGAUGUAGAAGAAAUAGUGAAGAUAAUUUAAGGUUUUCAGAUUCAAAGACUCCUCUUCAAGAAGAAUUGACUACUCGGGUAUCAUCUCCUGUAUUUGGAGCUACCUCUAAUGUGAAAAGUAGUUUAGGUUUGAAUACAAGUUUGUCCCCUUCUCUUUUAGAGACUGGGAAAAAAACCCACCUGAAAACAGUGCCCCUCAGCAACACUUGUGCUUCUGGACUAGAGAAACCUAGAUCAAAAUCUGACGACGGAGCCCUUAUCACACAUCAUCUUCUUGGGACUGAAGUAAACAAGAUCCCUAAUCAGUCAUCUUCUAAUAAGCAGAUGCUUAUAAAUAAAAAUACAAGUGAACCCCUAAGUGAGCAGGAUAGUAUUGAUCACAUUAAAGAUACUGAUAAAGAUAAACAUGUGGUACCCCUGAAGUCACUGGGAGGCAGAACCAAAAGGAAGAAAAUUGAGGAAGAAAGUGAAGAUGAAGUAAUCUGUCCCCAAGCCUCCUUUGAUAAAGAAAAUGCUUUUCCUUUUCCACUGGAUAGUCAUUCUUCCAUGAAUGGAGACUAUGUGAUGGAUAAACCUCUGGAUUUGUCUGAUCGAUUUUCAGCUAUCCAACGUCAAGAGAAGAGCCAAGGAAGUGAGAACUCUAAAAUCAGAUUUAGGCAAGUGACUCUCUAUGAGACUCUGAAGCCCAUUCCAAGGGACUCUUCCUCAAGCUGCAAGGCCUUGAGCAGGAGCUGUGAGCCAAGCAAAGACUCCCCAGAAGAGCCCUGUUUACAGGAGUCCCUUUUCCAGUCCUUGAGUAAAUCUCCAGAUAAUAAAACACUGUUACAAAUAAAGGAAGAAAACACAGUAUUUAAAAUCCCUCUUCGUCCACGUGAAAGGCUGGAGACAGAGAAUCUUUUUGAUGACACAAAGGGUGCUGGUUCUCAUGAGCCUAUAAAGAUAAAAACCAGAUCCAUCCGUGGAGCAUGUGAAGUUGCAUCAGUUCUUCAGUUAAAUCCAUGUAGAAUUGCUAAAACAAAACCUCUACAAAACAACCAAGAUGUAUCCUUUGAAAAUAUCCAGUGGAGUAUAGAUCCAGGAGCAGACCUUUCUCAGUAUAAAGCGGAUGUUACUGUAGAUGAUACAAAGGAUGGCAGUCAGUCAAGAUUAGCAGGAGAGACGGUGGACAUGGACUGUACGUUGGUUAGUGAAACCAUGCUCUUAAAACUGAAGAAGCAGAAGGAAGAAGAGAGUCCAAAUGGAGAAAGAAAGAUGAAUGAUAGCUUGGAAGACAUGUUUGAUCGGACGACACAAGAAGAAUAUGAGUCCUGUUUGGCAGAGAGCUUCCCCCAGGUAGCAGAUGAAGAGAAGGAAUUGUCAACUACUACAAAAAAAACAAACAGUCCUGGUGAUAAACAAGAUAAAGUCAAACAGAAAGCAUUUGUGGAGCCAUAUUUUAAAGGUGAUGAUAGAGAGACUGAAUUACAGAAUUUUCCUCAUAUUGAGGUGGUUCGGAAGAAAGAAGAGAGAAGAAAAUUACUUGGACACACAUGUAAGGAAUGUGAAAUUUAUUAUGCAGAUUUUCCAGCAGAAGAAAAAGAAAAGAAGUUGGCUUCCUGCUCAAGACACUGAUUUCGCUACAUUCCACCCAACACACCAGAGAAUUUCUGGGAAGUUGGUUUUCCUUCUACUCAGACUUGUAUGGAAAGAGGUUACAUUAAAGAAGACCU